AUGCAAGUCUCUUGUGAGUGGAUUGUAUCAGCAACAAACAACAGCAUGCAUAUGAUUGGUGCCAUAUCAAGCUUUAUCCCAUCAUCUGGUUCUUCUCGUUAUCGGCAAUUCGGUGGGCAUCCUGAAAUGAAGGUCUCUUAUCGAUUGAUCACAUCAGCAACAAGGAACAACUUGUAUAUCUUUGAUAUCAGCAACCUUUCUAUCUCUUGGUGGUUCUUGUUAUCGGCAAUUCUUUUGAUGGAUCUCUACAACUACACGUGUCUUAUGGAUGGAUCAUGUCAUCAACAAGAAGUGAAGGCCCGCGUUCAAGUCUUUUGUGUCACCAAGGGCAUUCAUGCAUCUCGUCAAGGACUCCAUCGUCAAGCUGCAUUCCAUACCCAAUGA